UAAAUCCAAAGAGGGGGAACUGGAAAAUAUGACGAAUUGGGUGAAGCGGUGUAAUGUGCAAUGUAUGGAGCUAGAAUUGGGGCGGCAACAGCUUGAUUCAAUUGCAAAGUCAUUCAAAAAGUGCUCUAGGGAAAUGGAGUCAAGAGAGAGGACUACUGUCCAUUCUGGGGUAGUGGCUCAAAAAUGGAAACACCCAUUAACAAAUGGACCUGUUCUAGCUUCAUGUCAAAAUUCUCAAUGCACAAUUGCUUGUCAGGAAUCACACCAGGUCCUUGAUUCCUCGGCAGUGCCACCUGGUUCUUUUGGAUCUAUUCAACAGUGGCAAAUAAAGACUGAGAAACCAGAAAAUUAUGCUGCGCACAAUGCAGAUGAUUCUUCUGUUGAAUAUCCACCAUCACCAACUAUCUUAGCUAUAAAUGAUUCGCAGCUUUUCCAAACUGAGCUUGAGCUUUCGAAUGAGAAUGUUAUGAUAUGUAAAGAAAUCUCACAUACGCUGCAAAACUCAUCUGACCCUGCAAAACUUGUUCUGGAUGUUAUUGAGGGGUCUUAUACUCAAUACUCAAACACUGAGGAUGUGAAUUCGCAGACAGUUGUCAUGAGGAGUCAAAUUGUCAUGUUAGAGCAGCUCGUGAGAAUUUCGCCUUCAAUAACACAUGAGGUUAAAGAAGGAGCAAUGAAGCUGGCAAGAGAAUGGAAAGCCAAACUGUCUGAUAAAUCCAAAAGCGAUUUGGAGGUUUUGGCAUUUCAGAAUUUCUUGGCUGCAUACAAUUUGCGUUCUUUGUUCAAUGAUGUUCCUCUGUUGGGUCAGACCCUUGGUCUUGUCAAUGAGAUUACAGGGGUAGCUAGCAUACCGGCCUCUCCCCCCAGUGCCCAUCAGCAACUGCCCAGAGAGAAGAAACGUCCGGCUAGUGACCCAGCAAUCGAUUCACAGUCCCAACCCUGUGCACGUAAGUGUAAAAACAAGAUGAACAGUCAAGGAGGAUGGAAGUAGGCCGGAGCUAUGUGUGGCUGACUCAUGCACCUGGUAUUGCCAGACAAAUCCCAUAUGUUUUCCAUGGAAAAUUUUGAGCUGAUGACGUACAGGAUGUAUAGACGAUAGGUCUUGUUUUCCCAGUAGAAUGUAUAGAAAGGUUUCCUAACAUGUGUUGUCCCAUGCUUGGCAAGCAAGUUAGUGCUUUUUGUCUGCAGACUUUCCUAGCAAGCUCUCACUAAAUAUUUAUAGAAUUUUGCA